AUGUUCCUCUACCUGGGCAGGCUCAACUAUGAAAAGUAUGCAGUAAACGAACUCAUCUCUGUGAUAUUUCCCGGAGAAGUGGCACUCAACGGAGAGCCAGCGAUAGCCAUCUGGGAGUGGACAACGGAUGCCGAGGGGGAGCAAAAGUCCUUAUCGAUGCGAAUGGGCAAAAUCGAUAGCGUCAGGGCUGCGAGCCCCGGAAAGACCGAAAUUGAGUUCCUCAAGGACAGUUAUUACUGGUUCAAGGGAACUUUCCAAGGCGACGACCUGCGUUGA